CAAAUUUCAUGAUGCACAAAUCCAUAUAAAAAAUAUGGAAUAUUCUCCCAUCAUUGGAGGGUUUUCAGUUGUACUAUCAAAUGGUCAAGCCUGUUCUAUUACUGCUACUACAUUGAAGUUUGAGCCUCAUCAAGUUUUUGGAAUCUUUGCUAAUGAUGUUCAGAAUGCUACUUGUACAGCUGUGAAUCAUAGGUUUCGACUCAGUGCUUAUGGGCAAACAAAUUCUCAAGGGAUAAUUUUCUGCAUUGACGAUUUAACAGGUGCUCUACAAUCCACACAUCAAUUAGUAUUAUCCAGUAAAGACUUUACUGAUGCUGAAACAGCUGCUGGAGCCAUAUCAAAUUUGAAAUGGACUCCUGAUGGAGGAGCUCUUGCUAUGACAUGGGAAAAAGGUGGCUUUGCAAUUUGGAGUGUGUUUGGUGCCUUACUGAUGUGUAGUCUUGGUUGGGAUUAUGGGUAAUUGAUAUUUCGAACAUAAUAAUAAAUAAUUGCCUAAUACUUACUGUAAUUUAUGGUAUUAAUUAAUGUAAUUAAAAUUGGAGAUGAAGGAACUUUUACUGUUGGAACAGUAAUCUCAGGAUAUAUAUCAGUAUUUUAGUGUGUGUAAAAUUACCUUAUACAUUGGUCUCAUUUUAAUCCUUAUAGUUAUCUCAAACUAGCCUCAAAGUACGACUCAAGUUUUUAAUUUUUAUUAAACUGUAUUUUUCUCCUGUUUUUGAAAAUAAAGGCUUAAAAUACAAAUUUUUUGAAUUUUUAUUUAUCAAAAAUUAUUUAAAUAUUGGCCAUUAGCAGUAUCUGUUACAGAAGCCUUUUUUUUAUUCUUAUUGUAAAUAGAAUUUAAAUUAAACUAAUUCUAAUUUGCUUUUGUAACUUUAGCGGGUUUGUAUGAAAACUAUAAUUGUGAGCAUCAUGAAUUUCGAUAUAUAUUUUGUUAAAAUGUUAGAUAUGUUGUUUAAAAUUUUUUAAU